AUGGCGGACCUCGAGGCGGUGCUGGCCGACGUCAGCUACCUGAUGGCCAUGGAGAAGAGCAAGAGCACACCGGCAGCCCGUGCCAGCAAGAAGAUCGUAUUGCCCGACCCGAGUGUGAGAAGCGUAAUGCACAAAUAUCUGGAAAAGAAGAAGGAAGUUAACUUCGAUAAAAUAUUCAAUCAAAUGUUCGGUUACCUGUUGUUCAAAGACUUCUGCGAGAACGUGGCCGAGGAGCCGAUUCCGCAGUUUAGGUUUUACGAAGAGAUCAAGGCGUACGAGAAGCAGGAAUGCCCGGAAGAGAGGAAAAAGCUCGCCAGAGAGAUCUACGACAAUUUCAUCAUGAAGGAACUGCUGUCCCACUCCCAUGAAUACUCUGAGGAAGCGGUGUCCCAUGUUCACAGAUACCUCGUGAAGAACGAGGUUCCCGUUAAUCUAUUCGAGCCGUAUAUCGAAGAGAUUUUUAAUCACUUAAGGAACGAGCCGUUCAAGAAGUUUCUAGAGAGCGAGAAGUACACUCGUUUUUGUCAAUGGAAGAACUUAGAGUUAAAUAUGCAGUUGACAAUGAACGACUUCAGUGUGCAUCGAAUAAUAGGCAGAGGCGGUUUCGGCGAGGUGUACGGUUGCCGGAAAGCGGACACGGGGAAAAUGUACGCGAUGAAGUGCCUCGACAAGAAGCGAAUAAAAAUGAAACAAGGCGAAAUUUUAGCGCUCAACGAGAGGAUAAUGCUUUCGGCAGUCAGUACCGGAGUGGAUUGUCCGUUCAUAGUCUGUAUGACGUACGCCUUCCAAACGCCUGAUAAACUGUGCUUCAUCCUGGACCUGAUGAACGGCGGCGAUCUCCACUAUCACCUCGGUCAGCACGGAGUGUUCAACGAGCGCGAGAUGAAAAUCUACGCGGCGGAGGUGAUACUUGGGCUGGAGCAUAUGCACCGCAGGUACAUCGUCUACCGGGACUUGAAGCCCGCAAACAUCCUCCUCGACGAACACGGCCACGUGAGGAUAUCGGAUCUGGGACUGGCCUGUGAUUUCUCGAAGAAGAAACCACACGCGAGUGUAGGAACGCACGGGUACAUGGCGCCGGAAGUUCUCUCGAAAGGAGUAACCUACGACUCUAGUGCCGAUUGGUUCUCGUUUGGUUGCAUGUUGCAUAAACUAUUAAAAGGGCACAGUCCGUUUAGGCAACAUAAAACUAAGGACAAACAUGAAAUAGAUCAUAUGACGUUAACGAAGAACGUCGAGUUACCGGAAACGUUCUCGCGGGAGUUACGGUCGCUGCUGGAAGGUCUUCUGCAGCGAGACGUCAACAACAGGCUCGGGUGUCGCGGCGGGGGCGCAGACGAGUUAAAGGAACACCCGUUUUUCAGCGGUAUCGAUUGGCAACAAGUUUAUCUCCAGAAAUACACGCCGCCGCUUAUACCGCCGCGCGGCGAAGUGAACGCCGCGGACGCCUUUGAUAUCGGCUCCUUUGACGAGGAGGACACCAAGGGCAUCAAACUGACGGACGCGGAUCAAGAUCUGUACAAAGAUUUCCCUCUGACCAUCUCGGAGAGAUGGCAGGCCGAGGUGGCCGAGACUGUGUUCGAGACAAUCAAUAUCGAGACGGAUAAGACAGAGAAAAAAAAGAAAGCUAAGCAGAAGCAGGGCUUCGAUGCUGACGAAAAAGGAUCGGACUGCAUUUUACAUGGUUACAUUAAGAAAUUAGGCGGUCCCUUUGCGAGUGCGUGGCAGACGCGUUACGCGAAACUCUAUCCGAAUAGAUUAGAAUUGCAUCCCGAGUCUACCACGAAGCCUGAACUGGUUUUUCUUGACCAGGUUGAAGAAGUCAGUGCGGAUCUGCAGCACGUGAAAGGGGAACAGUGUAUUGUAGUGCGUAUGAGAGACGCGAAGAUAGUACUUACAAAUCCUGAUGAAAUUAGUUUAAAGGAGUGGGCACAAUCGUUGAGAUCCGCGCACAAAUGUUCGAUGGAGAUGCUUGGUAACAUGGCGAAGAAGGCUGGUAAGAUCUACGGGACUGAACGGGACGCGGUGAUUCCAGCAAUGCAACGCUCGACGAACGGCAACUAGCCCAUUGUUAAUACCUGCACGCCGUCGUCGUACUCCAGUCCCACUGCCCCCAAGCAGCAGCAGCAGCAGCAGCAACUUUUUUUAUACUGAAGAAUUAAAAGAGAAAGGGACCUCUGCUGUAAUGCGAGUUUCCAGCGAGAAUAAAAGAAAUCGGGUUGACCGGCGGGGAAGUUGAAACUCUUCCCGCGGAACCAGAAGUAUCCAAGUUUCCAGGAAUAGCUCCAAAGAAAAGAAAUAAGAAAUAAUUUAAAAAAAACACAGAAACUCCCCUUUGAAACGGCGGGUAGCGUCACGCUGUAUAGAGACUCUAGGAAGUAGUGUCGUACGAAUCGUCACGUCGUUAUAUUUGUACGUUAGAUGUAUGUGCAAUGUGGCGUAGGAACUAGCGACUGAACAGUACCCAUCGACACCCGCGCGGUCGGUGCACGCGCGUGUGCACCGUCGUGCGACCAGAUCCACACGAGAUACACAGACACGUACGCAAGCACACGUUUACACACCUAAACACAGAAUUAGACUGCGGAUGUUCACGUGUUUACGGGAGAAUUCGAACGUGCACGCGAACAAGGAUGCGAACAGCAUAACGUAUACGAAGUAUAUCGGAGGUACACGCGAAAACAAAUUUACCAUUUUGAGUUUUUACAACGAUUUUCGACGGUGAACAUCCGUAGACUACGCGUAAUAAAAGGAACACGAAAAAUGCAACCGGUAGUGUGUUAUUGUUAUAUCAAAUACGAAGUACGCCUGAAAGGGAAAUCCUGAUUAUACCUUCUUCUACACCCGUUCUAUACCGCUCUUAUACUUAAUUUAUUUACUAAUGCAGGACGAUUUUAUAUUGUCGUUACGUGAACGGUAACACAGAACACGCGCGCGAAAUUCGUUUUAUUUAUUGUGUUGAAGGAAGCGAGAGGCAAGCAGGAGGAAAAUAACUGAAAAAAGAAAUUGAGGAGAGCUCGAACAGUUUGUACAAUUGUCGGUAGCCGACCGAAGAAUAGCUGUAAUAAAGAGAAGAAAAAAAAAAGAAAAUACACUGUGUACGCUCGAGUGCAUACCAUGCGAGUUCGCUCCGGCAAUAAAAUUGUGCGACGAACGUA